CAAAACCUGAAGAGUCUCCAGAGUCUGGACUUGUUUAACUGUGAGAUCACGUCUCUGGAGGAUUACAGGGAGAGCGUGUUCGAGCUGCUGCCUCAGGUCACCUACCUGGACGGCUUCGACCAGGAGGACAACGAGGCUCCAGACUCUGAGGCCGAAGACGAAGACGAGGACGGCGAGGAUGGGGCGGGGCAGACCGGCGACUAUGACGAUGAUGAUGAUGAAGAAGAGGAUGAGGACGGCUCAGAGGGAGGAGAGGUGGGGCUGAGCUUUCAGGUGAACCGGGGAGAUCAGGUGGGCAACUCAGGCUUCAGUCUGCAGGUCGACCCGCCGCCGGCUCAGAUGCAGGCAAAGAGGAAAAAGAAUAAACAAAGUUACCACGAGAGGUUGAUGCUGAGCUGAUUCAUUGUGGACAUU